AUGGUGGAUAAGGUGGAGAAGCUGAGCCAGUGGCCACGGCAGCGCACAAAGAAGGAAGUACAACAGUUUCUGGGCCUGGCCAGUUACUAUCGGCAAUUCAUCCCUCAUUUCUCCUCCAAAGCGGCCCCCUUGACAGAGGCGCUUAAGAAAAGGCAAAGCCAUACUCUAAGGGCUUCAGGAUUCGGGGUCUCCGUCAAGCCAGGGACCCUCCAGACCCUUUGUGAAUUAGAGUGGACCACUUUUGACGUGGGAUGGCCCUCAGAGGGCUCUUUUGAUUUGAUCUUGAUUAGGAACAUUGAGGCUGUGAUCCUCGGGAGUCCCAGACACCCAGAUCAGAUUCCAUAUAUAGAGACGUGGCUAGACAUCGCCAAGACGAGACCUAGUUACAUUAAACGGUGUCAACGGAAACUCCCAGGAUCCAUGUGUCCCUCCCUCCUUACGGUUAAAAAGGGUGGAGAACCCCAUGCCUCUGGGAGCCCGCCCCACACUUCCCCCAGUCCGUCCCGAACUCAGAGUGGACUUCCGUAUGGCCCCCGUCCACUUGUUCCUCCGAAGUUCUCUGGCCCCGGGGGCAAGGGCGACAAACGGGUGUUGCCAGCCUCCCCCGAUCCUGGCCCUGAGCCCUCCACUCUGUUGCCCCUCCAGGAGCUUGCCCCCACACAGGGGACGGACCAUCUGUUUAUGGUUUAUGUCCCUUUCUCCACAAGUGGUCUGUAUAAUUGGAAGCUACAAAAUCCUCCUUUCUCUGAAAAACCACAAGGCUUGAUUUCGUUACUAGAAACGGUUUUUCACACCCAUCGCCCUACUUGGGAUGACUGCCAGCAACUCUUGCAAGUUCUUUUUACUUCUGAGGAGCGCAAUCGGAUUCACCUUGAGGCUCAGAAGCAGGUUCUUGGCACAGGUGGCCAACCCACCACUGACCCAGUUAUUCUGGAAACAAGCCUCCCAGCCCAACAACCCAACUGGGAUCCAAAUACGGUUGCUGGGGAAGGAGAUCUAGCCCGGUACUGCCAACUUCUUCUAUAGGGGCUCCACAGCGCAGCCCGGAAGCCCACCAAUUUGUCUAAAGUAAGUGAGAUAGUUCAGAGCCCCCGGGAAUCCCCCGCCGCUUUCUUGGAACGCCUACUUGAGGCAUAUAGGCAAUACACACCUAUAGACCCUCCGGCGGCCGAGAACAUGUGGGCAAUUAACAUAGCAUUUGUUACACAGUCAGCCCCAGACAUUAGGAAAAAGAUUCAAAAGCUAGACGGGUUUGAAGGGAAGAAUCUCAGUGAACUAGUCGAGAUAGCUCAGAAGGUUUUUAAUAAUUGUGAGGACCCAGAAGUUGCAGGCACAAAGAAAUUGACCCAAGUCGUCUUAGCGACCAUGCAGGAAACUAGCGACAGGAGUCGAGGGGCUCCACGGAGGAAUGGGGGUCGCCCCCGCCUAGAAAAAGAUCAAUGCGCCUACUGCAAGGAGAUGGGCCACUGGAAAAGCGAGUGUCCCCGUAAGAAGAAAGUGAACCCAAAAGGAAAGAGUCUCCUCACUCUUGAGGAAGACUGAAGGGGCCAGGGCUCUGUCAAUUUGGGCCCCCAAGAGCCCUUGGUAACCUUAACUGUGGGGGGCCACCCAACCACCUUCCUGGUAGAUACCGGGGCAGCCCACUCGGUUCUCCGGGAAGGGAUCGGCCGUCUUACUGAAAAAAAGACUCAGAUCAUAAGGGCAACGGGGCGACCCAGGGCGUACCCUUGGACUUCAGCCCGUGUGACUGAUCUGGGAAAAGGGACUAUAACUCAUUCCUUCUUGGUAAUCCCCGAAUGUCCCUUUCCCCUCCUGGGACGAGACCUCUUAAGAAAAUUGCAAGCCUCGGUGUCAUUCCAAGAGGACAGCACCCACCUCAGCCUGGGCUCUCCGCAGCCUGCUGCCCUUCUGCUUACCCUACCCUUGCAAGACGAGUAUCUCUUCUUCAAAAGUCAGGUGCCAGAAAGCCCCUCUGAGGCCUUAAAAGAACUCCAAAAAGAGAUUCCAGGAGUAUGGGCCGAAAACAACCCUCCUGGUCUGGCGACUCAUCAGCCACCCGUCGUGGUACAGGUCAAUAGUUCAGCCACCCCGUUUCAGAAACCCCAAUACCCCAUUCCAGCCAGGGCGAAGUUAGGAAUACGUAAGCAUAUACAGAGACUGUUGGAAGCAGGAAUUUUAGUACCCUGCAGGUCGCCAUGGAACACCCCGCUGUUACCAGUCAAGAAGCCCAGCACUGAGGACUACUGGCCAGUUCAGAACUUACGUGAGGUGAACGCCCGGGUAGAGACUGUCCACCCUACAGUGCCUAACCCAUACACCCUACUCAGCCAGCUGCCACCAGACCAGGAAUGGUACUCAGUCUUGGACUUAAAAGAUGCUUUCUUCUGUAUACCUCUGGCCCCGGUGAACCAGCCUCUGUUCGCCUUUGAGUGGACGAAUCCGGACCAGGGUUCUCUGCCGCAGGGGUUCAAGAACUCCCCUACUCUCUUUGAUGAAGCUCUGAGUAGGGACCUUUUUCCCUUCCGGGAGACCCAUCCCGAAGUUACCCUUUUGCAAUAUGUGGAUGACCUGCUCUUGGCGGCAGAGUCUGCGUCUGUGUGCCUACAGGCAACUCGGGACCUCCUGACCGCUCUGGGCUCCAUGGGUUAUCGGGUUUCGACAAAGAAGGCACAGAUCUGUAGUCAGAGGGUGACCUAUCUGGGAUACGAUCUAAGUGGGGGAAAACGGACACUGUCGGCCAGCCGAGUCCAAGCAAUCCAGAAUAUUCCCACGCCUACGACUAAACAACAGGUCAGAGAGUUCUUGGGCACGGUAGGGUACUGCAGGCUUUGGAUCCCCGGCUUUGCUGAGAUAGCGAAACCCCUCUAUACCAGCACGGGAGGGAAAGGUGACUCCCUCAUGUGGACUGAGAUUGAGCAAUCAGCGUUUCAGGCUCUUAAAAAGGCUAUUACCACGGCCCCUGCUCUAGCCCUACCCGACCUUAAGAAACCCUUCCAACUCUUUGUGGCCGAGGCUCGGGGUAUAGCAAAAGGGGUUUUAACCCAGACUCUCGGCCCAUGGAAACGGCCGGUUGCAUAUUUAUCGAAAUGACUAGACCCAGUGGCGACGGGGUGGCCCACUUGCAUGAGAUCUAUUGCAGCGACGGCGGUUCUGGUAAAAGAGGCCAAGAAACUGACCCUGGGCCAGGACCUCCAAGUCACUGGGGCUCAUGCCGUGGAAGCCCUCCUCCGCAGUCCACCGGAUCGGUGGAUCUCCAACGCCUGAGUGACUCAGUACUAGGUACUUUUAUUGGACCCUCCGUGGGUCACCUUUUCCAAAAUGGCAGUCCUUAAUCCAGCAACCUUACUGCCAGACAAUCAACAUGAGAGUCCCAUCCAUGAUUGCACCGAGGUCCUGGAUACGGUAACCGGGACCCGACCGGACCUGACCAACGUCCCGCUAGAGCCGCCAGCCCUCAACCUGUUUACCGAUGGGAGCAGUUUCAUCAGCGAUGGAAUCCGGUAUGCGGGAGGGGCAGUAGUCAAUGGCUCGGAGGUAAUAUGGGCCCAGUCCCUGGGGCACGGUACGUCAGCCCAGAAGGCAGAACUUAUUGCCCUAACGCAGGCCCUCCGGUGGGGGAAGGGGAAGGAUCUUAAUGUUUACACGGACAGCCGGUAUGCUUUUGCCACGGCUCAUGUUCAUGGAGCACUAUACCAGGAACGAGGGCUGCCAACCUCUGGAGGGAAGGACAUUAAGAAUGCAAACAAAAUUAUGUCCCUCCUGGAAGCCCUCUGGCUACCCGAACGAAUAGCUAUAAUUUAUUGCCCUGGGCAUCAACGGGAUGGCUCGGCAGUCUCGCAGGGAAAUAACUUCGCUGAUAGAACCGGAAAGGAGGCUGCCUUAAGACCAGUAGGGGCUCUCAAAAUUCUCUCUGUUCAGAUGCUGUCACGGGCUCUCCCGGACCGACCAACCUACUCGAAGGAAGAUAUCGAGCUGGGCAGGAGGUUGCAGUGCUCUGAAACUGAGGCGGGAUGGCUGAAACAUCCCGAUGGAAGAAUCUUUCUCCCCCAAGCACUUGGGCGGGAUCUUCUUCUACAGACCCAUCGAGCCACACACUUGGGAACGGCCCGACUCUGUCAGCUAUUCAGACCCCAUUUCUAUCUGCCCGGACUAUCGACUCUGGCCGAUUCCAUAACCUCCGGGUGCGCCUCCUGUGCGCAAGUUAAUGCUGGCCCUAGCCGGCCCUCCACCGCCCCGAGCGUUCGCCAUUGCGGAUCCCAGCUGGGAGAGCACUGGGAAAUUGACUUCACUGAGGUAAAACCUACCCGAGGUAGGUAUCGCUAUUUAUUGGUCUUCAUCGACACCCAUUCCGGGUGGGUCGAAGUGUUCCCUACGAAGGGAGAGACAGCCUUGAUUGUUGCCCGGACUCUCCUACAUCAAAUUGUACCUCGAUUUGGCGUACCUCUAGCUCUGGGUUCAGAUAAUGGCCCUGUGUUCAUCGCCCAAACUUCCAAAUUGGUAGCCAAGUCUCUAGGAAUUGAUUGGAAACUGCAUUGUGUGUAUAGGCCACAGAGCUCAGGGCAGGUAGAGAGAAUGAACAGAACCUUAAAGGAAACUUUAACAAAAUACGCUCUUGAAGUUGCCGGUCACUGGACGGACCUCCUUCCGUUUGCCCUCCUACACACACGAUGCUCCCCUUAUAGGAAGGGUUUCACUCCCUUUGAAAUUGUAUUUGGGCAAUUGCCUCCUCUGCUUCCCCGCCUGGCGGAGGAGACGCGCACCAAGUUGUCUAACCACAACCUGCUUGAGUCCUUGCAGGCCCUCGAUUGCGUCCGGCACGAUAUUUGCCGACAGGUUCAGUCCAACAUGGGUGGGACUACUGAGGCUCCGGACCCCGCGGCUGACCCUCCCCCACACAUCUCUGCCAACUAUUUCCGCCCGGGUGGACUAACCCGGGCCUCUUUUCGGUGGAUACGGUUGAUGGGGGCCGCUGGAUCUGGGGAUAUGGAUGCGGAACUGAUACCUUGGAAAGGAGACUGUCGCAGGAGCAAUAUUAUGGCUGUCCAUCGGAUGGAAGCCCCGCUUGCGGUGACGCACCCAACUUCUACUGCGCCCGAUGGGGUUGCAAAACUUUUGCUACAUGGUUGGAAGGCCAAGAUAAGGAUCCUUGGCUCACGGUGA